AGCGCGCGCGCCUGCACCCGCCGAGGGCCAGCGCAACCGAGUCCGAUUCCGCGAUCAGUAUCGACGGACGCUCGGGUCGCCACGCUCGCUCGUCGAAGCACGUCGCACAGGAUUAAGCACUAAAUUCCCCAGGACACCAGUGCACUACAAAAGGCGAACAUGAGGGCUGUUAUUCAAAGAGUUCGUCGUGCAGCAGUAACAGAUGGCAAAUUUGGUGCUAUGAUGCAAGUUGAUAUCAUAAAUGAUGGGCCAGUAACUAUCAACAUUGACUCACCUUCUAAGAAGGUUAAUAAGAAUUGUACAGAUAGUCAUGAGUGAUGACUACUAACAAUUAUAUACAUUUUUUAUAUGUAACUACUUAUAAAUGUAAUAAAACAAUAUAUUAUAAA